GCCUUCUAUGAUAUAAAACUGAAUGUCUUUGUGCUUUGGUUGGACAAAAGAAGCAAUUUGAAAAUGUCAACUUGGGCUUUUGGAAAUUAUGAUGGGUUUUUUUUCUAUUUACUGACAUUUUACUGGCCAAACAAUGUAUUCAUCAAAUAAAUAAUCUGCUGAUUGAUGCUAGAGAUGCACAAUAAAACGUCUGCCUGAUAAAUUAUCAGCCAAUGGCUGAUGGGAAAAGUAUAUGUAUUGUUCCAAUGAUUAAAUUAUAGGCAAUUAACUGAACUAAUAAUAUAAAGCCAAAAUGCUUUCAUUGACUUUGCAAAACUGUACGCCAAACCUUUAUGAUUUAUUUAUUAAGCAUAACACUCUACUAUAUGCCUUAUGUCAUUGUGAUUUAUCUGCAGACUAAACAGCAAACGGCUUUCUGUUCUAUAAAGCCUUUAUUUUUGCAUUUUUGCAUUCUUAGGGCAGAAUUGUCUCUAAACGCCAAUGCGUUUUUGUGUUUUUGUAAAUGUACUGUACUAGAAAAAAAUAAAUGAACAUUUGUAAAGUUAAGUAUUUUUGUUGUGUUAACAAUGGUGAUUAUGUCAGUUAGAUCCGGUUAGGUCUUUUUUUCUCACCACAUCUUAGUCUUUCUUACCCUCAGGUUUGCAUAAACUACGGUUUAUAAAGGUCAUUUAUAGGAAGCCAUGAGUAGCAGGUAUCUUUUAGCAGCACAUCCAUAUUGUGCAUCCCUUGAAUGAAACGUUUUAUAUCUGAAGAUAAACCCAGUGGCAGAAUAUAAUUUCCUAGUUAAAAAGCUCUGGCUUAUGCCAUGUCUACUCAGGUAUGUACUUGCUCCCCUGACUGUGUGUAGUAAACAAGCCGACCUACAGAUUCAUGGACGUGUAAUACUACAAUCAGACCUGCAGGGGGCAGCCGUUUUCCUAUUUUACCAGAGGCAGCCUGUUGUACAGUAACAGGUGAAACAUGGUGCCACGGAGCCUAUUUAAAAUGUGUUUCAAAAAUCAAUAUUUAUACAGGCACAGGGAUACUUUUAUUUCAUGUAUUAGCUGUAUUUAUGUGUAUCUAUAAGUAGCCCAUGCAUUGUUUUAUAUUUUGCACAAGACUUUGUUAGAAUUAAGUCUUUUUUUCAUAAAGCAAUACAUCAUGGUCAUCCGACAGUAAACAGCAGAUAUGCACAUUGGAUUCAGCAGGUUUUUUUGUGUGAAUUGUAUUGUUUCUAUUUUAAGCAUAUAAUUUCCAUGAUUUAAUUGACUUGUAUCAGACUAAACCAUCGACAUACACGAGCCACUCUGGCAUCAUGCUUCCAAAACAAUAUUUCUUUGCGUCACGCCGACGCCAGUAGUGACGAGCUGCUCCACUACACUCCUCCUAUCUUACCUUUCCUCCCCACUCUUCUCCAACUCUCCCAUCAGGACCACGGGGAUGUGAUGCACUGACACAAAAGCCUGGAGAACAACUUUAUUCAAGCGGCCAACGUUAUAUUUGGCAGUGGUUGUGGAUAACUAACGCGGCAGUAACUCCAAACUGAGGGGGGUGGGGUGGGAAAAUUAGUUAAGUGUGUUUUUGUUUUCUUUUUUCCCCAGCAUCAGAUACAACUAAGCAGCACUGUCCUGUGUUGUAUUUCCCAUAUGUCGCGAAAGCAGGUCGACCAUGACUACAAUCUCCGUAGUAUGAGCAACCUGAUGGGCGAGCGGUGGAAGAAAGUGAACGACGGAGGAGAGCGGAGUCUCAUCAAGGCUCCGUCCAGCGCCAGCAUCAGCAGCCAGGGCGCCUCCGCCGCCACCUCCACCGCCGGGGCUCCUGCACCACCACCAGCAGCACCCCCUUCCACCGGGGACCUGGAGAGGGCUGCCCGCAAGCAGUUUCAGCAGGAUGUCACGCCCGGCUUCGUCUACGUCCUGGCGGCGUUCUCCGCCCUGGGGGGCUUCUUGUUCGGCUAUGACACCGGGGUGAUCUCCGGGGCCAUGCUCCUGCUGAAGAGGGAGAUGGACCUGAGCGCCCUGUGGCAGGAGGUGCUCAUAUCAAGUACUGUGGCCGCGGCCGCCCUGUCUGCCCUGCUGGGCGGCUUCCUCAACGGGCUCUUCGGGCGCAGAGUGUGCAUCCUGCUGGCCAGCUUCUUCUUCACCGUCGGGGGGAUCGUGCUGAGCACCGCCCCUGGCAAGGAGGUUCUUCUGACGGGGAGGAUCAUCGUUGGAGUGGGGCUUGGUAUCGCCUCUAUGACAGUGCCAGUGUACAUCGCCGAGGCCUCUCCGCCCCACCUCAGGGGUCAGCUGGUGACGGUUAACACCCUCUUCAUCACCGGUGGACAGUUCACUGCCAGCCUCAUCGACGGCGCCUUCAGCUACCUGCAGCGCGACGGAUGGAGGUACAUGUUGGGUCUGUCAGUGCUCCCCGCCGUGCUCCAGUUUAUGGGAUUCCUGUUCCUGCCGGAGAGCCCUCGCUGGUUAAUUCAGCGUGGGCUGACCCAGAAGGCCCGGCGCGUGCUCAGUCAGAUCCGAGGCAACCAGAACAUCGACGAGGAGUACGAUAGCAUCAAGAACAGCAUCGACGAGGAGGAGGACAGCGGAGGAGAUGGCCCUGUGAUCUGGCGGAUGCUGACCUACCCCCCGACUCGCCGAGCCCUCCUGGUGGGCUGUGGUCUUCAGAUGUUCCAGCAGCUUUCAGGAAUCAACACCGUCAUGUACUACAGCGCCACCAUCCUACAGAUGUCAGGCGUGCGGGACGACAGGCUGGCGAUCUGGCUGGCUGGACUCGCCACCCUCACCAACUUCCUGUUCACCCUGCUGGGAGUGUGGCUGGUGGAGAGAGUGGGCCGCAGGAAGCUCACCUUGGGCAGCAUCAUCGGCACAUGUCUGAGUCUGAGUCUGCUGGCCAUCGGCUUCCUGAUCUCCGCCCAGCACAGUCCUCCUGUCACCUUCCACCCGUUAGACCCAUCUAUGGUCAACUCUACCUGCUCCAAAUACCAGAUGUGUGAGCCGUGCAUGCUGGACCCUGGCUGUGGUUUCUGUUACCGUGAGAAUGGCUCGGCUCUCCUCACCUCCUCCUGUGUGCCAGUCAAUAAGGCCUCCACUGAGCACGCAGCAUGGGGCAGAUGCUCCAACACCAGCCUGAUGAGAGAUCAGACAUACUGGGCCUACAACUACUGCCCCACCUCCUUCUCCUGGCUGGUUCUACUGGGUCUGGUGCUCUACCUGGCUGCUUUCGCCCCAGGGAUGGGUCCAAUGCCAUGGACCAUCAACUCAGAGAUCUACCCUCUGUGGGCGAGGAGCACAGGGAACGCCUGCGCAGCCGGAGUCAACUGGACCUUCAACAUCCUGGUGUCUCUCACCUUCCUCCACCUGGCUCAGUUCUUCACCUACUACGGAGCUUUCUUCCUCUACUCCAGCCUGGCUCUGCUGGGCUUCUUCUUCAUCUACGGCUGCCUGCCGGAGACCAAAGCCCGCCGUCUGGAGGAGAUCGAAUCGCUGUUCGAAAACCAGCUCUGUUCCUGCGGCGCCACGGAUUCAGACGAGGGACGGCAGGUCGAAUACAUCCGAGUCAAAGGUUCGAACUACCACCUAUCGGACAACGACGCAUCUGACGUGGACUAGGGAGAGUUGAGUGUUUCUUUAGCUUCGGUAAUCACUAAAACAUGCAGAGUUUAAUGUGAUAUUUGUCUUUUUGUGUGUGUAAGCUGAGGAGCCAUGGGUUUACUCUCACUAUGAGGUUAAGAAUGAGGCCUUUUGUUUGUACCAGUAAUGUGAAUGAGUUCACUUCCAAUUCAGUCAAUUCAGGAAUCCAAAAUCUGGAGUUAAACCUGCUUCAGUAAAGAGCUGAAUAUUCAACAAUGCAUCACAAAUAUCUAAAUUACAAAAGGGAUAUCAUUGCCUUUUCCACAUAUAAAAGAUAAAGUGUCUUUUUAUGGACACUUGGACAGGAAACAUGACUGUUUAACACGCACUGCAUGUACAAAAUACCAGGGACAUUUUCUCUCUUGUGAAGUCCACUGAUGAUGAUGAUGAUAUACUUUACUAAAGAGGCUGCAGCUCAGUAUUGGUAAAAUGUUCCUAAUAUUUUGCACAUUUGUUGACUAAAUGUCAUUUAUGAUUUAUUUACAAUGAUGUACAAAGUAUAAGAUGACCAGGCCAUCCUACAGCAUUGUGCCAGAAUAUGUUUCCAUUUAAAAAAAAGUUUCAGUAACUGUGGUCUUGAAAACCAGGUUUGUGCAUCCACAGAACUUCAGUUGACAUGACAGCAGUCGUAACGUCUUGUUACCAUUACCAUUAUGCCUUUCUAUACGAUUCACAUCUCAGUUACAUGUUAUUUAAGCUUGUAGUAUAGAACACAAAUGUCAGUUCCUCAUCUGAUGACAGUCUUAGUUUGUGGUUGUUCGGAUAUUUUUUAUGAAAAGCAAAACACCAGAGAUGUACAGUAUAUUGUUCAAGUUUAGAAAAAUUGUAUUGUCAGUUGGUGCCUAAACAAAAACCACUCCAAUCAAGUAGCACUGAAAGGAAUAAAAGUUAUGUUGCCAUAGUUUAUAUUUAUUAAUGUAUUUAUUUAAAUAUUUUUCUGCAUAAAAGUAAUAAUUGCCUCAGCAUAGUCUAUGUUUUUUCUUCUGUUUUUCCAAGUUUCAGGCCUGCAAUUCUGCUGCCUUCCUGCCUCUAUAAAUUGCCGUUCUUAAAGGGAUAGUUCGGAUUUUUACAAGUGACGUUGUAUGAGGCACUGAUCCAUAGUCACUGUAUUACCUACAGUAGAUAGAAGUGUACUGCUGUUGAAAGGGACAGCAGCAAAAUUAAUUUAGCCACUUAAAAAAAAUCAUAUAAUUUUAUGUGUAUGCUAUAUUUAAAAUAUAUUCACUGCUUUACCUUGCCGUCAGACAGUCCGGUUAAAGUUUACAUGAGGGGAACUGAAGCCAUUACCUAUAUGGUCUUCAAAGCCACCAGACUCCAUUGACAAAAACAGUAAUUUUACCCCACAAAACACAGUAGUUGUUGGUCUAUCAUGUCGGUACUCCUGUCUGCCUCUCCAAACUGGGGGCGUGCCAACCGCCAUCUACUGUAGGUAGUACAGAAUCUCAUUCAACCCAAAUUCAAUAAAUCCAAAUGAUCCCUUGAACACAACACCAUGGCGAGUACAGUUUCAUGUAGCUGUCUGUCACUAGGUUGCCAGAACAUAUGCUAUGGCUCCAUGUUAUAAACCUGGGUACUGGAUAUGUAAUGUCCAGCAAAGAAAGUGGUAGACUAAAACCAUGAUUUUAUGAUUGACUUCACUCGUAUUUUAAGUAUUGAAUUCUAUCCUAAACAUGAUAAUAGUAGUGCCUGUGUAUUGUGAAGGUCCCUAAUGGCCAGUCCAAAUCCCUGAUGUGGAUGUAUUACACAUUGUAUUACACGUUAUGAUUAUUAGGUCUGCAUAGCUUUAUUUAUUUGACAUGUAUAUAUUUGCAUUGCACCUGUGAUGGAAUGUUGUUGUUUUUUUACUUUGAUUUUAAGUCUUGAUUUUUGUCUUCCUCCAUAG